CCGGACGGACACCUCCCUCCGCAGGCGGCGGCGCUCCCCGACUGAAGGGGCUGGGGGCUGCGUCUUCCCCCGCCCCGCCGCGCCUCAGCGGGACCGGAGGCGGCCGCCGGCUGAACCCGGGCCGAGGGGCUCGGGGGCAUCUUCCCGCCGCUCUCCGACCCCGUGGCGCCUCCUCUCCGCUCGGAGAAGAGUGGGGCGGCGGUGCCCCCUCCCCGGGCAGAGCCUGCGGGCCGCGCCCUGCCGCCGCCGCCACCCCUCCCCCCGGCCGGCCGGCCUCCCCGGCCCGCACUCCGUCUCCCCUCCCUCCGCAGCGUCGCCCAGCCGAGCCGGGAGAAGGGGAAUGGGCGGUCCCGGCCCUUAGCCCCCGGCUGCGGCUGCUGCUCCUCCUCCCGGGUCCCAGCGUCUCGGUGGCCUCCGCCCGAUGCUGGCGGAGCUGCCUGGGGUCUCGGCGGCGUCGUGAGCGCUCCUGCCGUCCCACAGCCGCCAUGUCCGGCGUGGUGCGCACCCUGAGCCGCUGCCUGCUGCCGGCCGAGGCCACGGGCCGCGCCGGGGAGCAGCCGCGGCGGGAGGGCAAGGAGCGGAGCCGCGAUGCGGAGAGAGAGGCGCGGCGGCGGAGCCGGGAGAUCGACGCGAUGCUGGCCCGGGAGAGGCGGGCCGUGCGCCGCCUGGUCAAGAUCCUGCUGCUGGGCGCCGGAGAGAGCGGCAAGUCCACCUUCCUCAAGCAGAUGCGGAUCAUUCACGGCCGUGAGUUCGACCAGAAGGCGCUGCUGGAGUUCCGGGCCACCAUCUACGAGAAUAUCCUCAAGGGCUGCAGGGUUCUGGUUGAUGCACGGGACAAGCUGGGGAUCCCUUGGCAGUACACCGAGAAUGAGAAGCAUGGAAUGUUUUUGAUGGCUUUUGAAAACAAAGCUGGAAUGCCCAUAGAGCCUUCCACCUUCCAGCUAUACGUACCUGCACUGGGUGCUCUGUGGAGGGAUUCAGGAAUCAAGGAAGCCUUCAGCCGUCGGAGCGAGUAUCAGCUGGGUGAAUCAGUGAAAUACUUCCUGGAUAACCUGGAUCGAAUUGGUCAGCUGAAUUAUUUCCCCAGCAAACAAGAUAUCUUGCUGGCUAGAAAAGCCACCAAGGGGAUUGUAGAGCAUGAUUUCAUCAUUAAAAAAAUACCUUUCAAGAUGGUGGAUGUAGGUGGACAGAGAUCUCAGCGUCAAAAGUGGUUCCAGUGCUUUGAUGGAAUAACUUCAAUUUUAUUUAUGGUCUCCUCCAGUGAAUAUGAUCAGGUUCUCAUGGAAGACAGGCGCACAAAUAGACUUGUGGAGUCCAUGAAUAUCUUUGAGACAAUAGUCAAUAACAAGCUUUUCUUUAAUGUUUCUAUUAUCCUAUUCCUCAACAAGAUGGAUCUUCUUGUAGAGAAGGUAAAGACUGUCAGCAUUAAGAAGUAUUUCUCGGACUUCAAAGGCGACCCCCACAGGCUAGAAGACGUCCAACGUUACCUGGUGCAGUGCUUUGACAGAAAGAGGAGGAACCGUAGUAAGCCGCUCUUCCACCACUUCACCACUGCCAUAGACACUGAGAACAUCCGCUUCGUGUUUCAUGCUGUGAAGGACACGAUCCUUCAAGAGAAUCUGAAGGAUAUAAUGUUGCAGUGAAGGAGAGCAGCCCAUGGCCUGUUAAAAUUUGCCAGAAGGUUAGAUCAAAGUUUUUAUCCUUUCUUUAUGGCCCUUGCAUGUGGUAUAGGACCCAUGCUAAUUACUUGGCUCAGGAAUGAGGUAAACUAGCCAGUCCAAACAAAGGAGCUGUAGGCCGAAGGAGUCAAAUGUUGAUGUUAGCUACUGAAUCAUUUGGACUAGAAACACUACUGAAACACGGCCGUUGUAGGUUCUGUACCUAGUUUGGAACGCUGAAUAACACAACCACCUUCUGCCUUCUUAGAAAAAAGAAAUCUCUGGCAAGCUAUGUAUGAAAGACACAUCGUUUUGAAUGAAAUGCUCAUUUUUCAGAGACACUAGUUGUACAAACUGCCUUUUUUUUUUUUGUAGCUUGAAGGUGCUGAAUCGAUCAAACUUACCUAAAUGCAAUGAGAUUGGCAGCUGUAUUGUUAAUGGAAGUUCCGUUCUUAACCAUUAGGAAUACAACCAGAUUGUGUGUGCACGUUCAGCUUUGCCGAGGGCCUGGAAUCCACUGACCAAGGUGGAUACACAGCUCUUGUCUGAAAGUUUUGUAUGAGUCUCCUGAGGCAAAAGUCUAAAACUGUACAAAGAAACCUGUGUUGGAGUAAGCUGGACGGGAAGUUAAGGCCUCACUGAAAUGGAGAAGGGUUUAUUUUGCACUAUGUGAAGGGUAUUACAUCAUGGGAAAACUGAUUUCCUUGGUGAAGCAGCCUGUGCUAGAGCAUCCAACCACGUAUCUGCAUGGUGGGUGCUUGAGUGAGACGUACUGUGUGGAAAUUCAGCACUGUCCUCAAGCCACACUUGGCAAUGUUUGUGAAGGUUCAGUAUCUCUCGGGACAGGGCUUUAUCUAUGCUCAAAAGUUUGAAAGCUGAUUAAACUCUUAAGCAAAGGUUUUGGUAGUACAGCAGCUGCUUGAUUAGUUCCCACCAACUGACCUUACAAGAAGACUGAACACCCUAGAGAUCCUAGUUUUACAGCUGCACUGAUGUAUUUGGACAGCAAGACUUUGCUGUAAAAUUAGCCUUUAAUUUGUGUCUUAAUGGGAUCUUUAGCCUGUAGUGUAACGCACGUGUAAUUCUGAGUGCAGUGAAGUUGGGAGCUGCCCAUUUGAGGCAAUAGGUUCAUGUGUAAAAUUGCAAGAGGCUAUGAAUAAUGUUGAUAUGAACUGUUAAAAUUCCUAGCUCUCUCAAAUCUGUGUAACUAACUGCCAGGUGCCUUUUUUGUGUACAGAAAUAUCGGAUCUUUUCUACCACAGUGGGGUACGUGGGCAAACUGAAGAUCUGCCUUUGAUAUCAACAUUGUAGUGUUCUCCUUUAGGUAAUCCUCAGACAUAGUUUACUGUGCAAUUUUUGUCAUAGUUUUUAUCCAAGAAUAAAACCUGAAGGGCUGUUUGUACCCAUAAAAACUUA